UACAAAACCACCAAGUUUGAAUGCAAUAUAUUCAUGGAAGGAUAAAAAACGUCACUAAUACACCUAGUUAGAUGAAAACGACAGACUUUAUAUUUUUGGUUGGUCACGUCGUCCUCAUCUUUUGGCUUUCACCAAGGUCACUGUGAACCAUUUGAACCAUUUGAACUGUGCGAAAUUAUUUCGAAUUUAUGUAUGACCUUGGUUUUCAUGAGUUCCGUAGAUGAGCAGAAGUUUCCAGACCGGGGUUUUGAAUCUCCAGAAUACGUUGAGGACGAUGAAUAUUCCGACUUUGUUCAGACUUAUGAGUCAGUACUUCAGAGAAGAGUUUCUCGUUGGGAAAAGUAUUUCUCUACCCUUCCACCCAAAAAGAGUGCGAGAUUUAAAAGGUUCUGUCGGAAGGGAAUACCGGAUCACAUUCGCCCAACAGUUUGGAUGCAUCUUUCUGGAGCUUAUGAACGAAUGGAAGCUAAUCCAGAUGCCUACCAAAUAGCUGUUUCCAAAGCACCCCCAACACAUAUUUGGAAUGUUAUCUUGGCUGAUGUUCCCCGUACCUUUCCAGAAAACAAACAUUUUCAAGAUCCAGAUGGCCCCAGUAGUAAGCUGGUAUCGUUAAAAAGAGUAUUGUCUGCCUUUGCAGUUCAUUUUCCAAAGAUCGGUUAUUGCCAAGGUAUGAAUUAUAUAGCAGCUGUACUCCUACUCGUUCUUGAUUGUCCACCAAAUGAGAGAGAAGUAAAAGCGUUUUGGUUGUUGGAUGCAUUGAUUAAUCACAUUUUACCAAAAUACUAUUCUUCUGAUAUGUUAGCUGUACGUGUUGACUGUAUGGUAUUCAAUCAGUUGUUGAAAGAUAAAAUUCCCACAGUUCAUAAAAUAAUCAUGAAUUCAGGUAUCACUUGUACAUUACUUGCAACAAAAUGGUUUAUAUGCUUAUUUGCUGAUGUAUUGCCAAUUGAGACAACAAUUCGUGUUUUCGACUGUUUAUUCUAUGAAGGGGAUAAAGUACUCUUUCGUGUAUGUCUAUCAUUGGUCAGAUUACAUUAUAAAGAUUUAAUUCAAUGCAAUGAAUUUCCUAUCCUGAUUACAGCAUUUCGUAACAUGUGCAAAGAUAAACAAACACUAUACUGUCACCAGUUUAUUGAAUCAAUGUUUCGUUCACAUGGUUCAUUGCCCAAAUCAAAAAUUGCUAAACUUCGUAGUCAAUUUACACAACAAAUAGAAAAUGAUACUGGUGAUCCAGAAUAAUUUGUAUGUAUUAUUCAAUAUUAAAUGAAUAGUUUAGAAGAUAUUUUUUAUUGUUUUCCUAUCUAUUCACACUCUUUUCAUGAUAUACAUUCGGCUUGUUCAACAUGUGCUUUAAACUCAAUUGAUUCUAAUGAAUUAAUCUUGUUUGAAACAAGUUCAUAUUAGAAAUCAAUAUUGUUGUUGAUCAGUAAAUGAGAUGAUCGACAGUUUGUAGUUUGAUGAAAUCAUCUAUAUUGUCAAUGUUACAUCAUAAUUCCAUUGUAUUAAAGAAUAAUGAUAGUGAUAUACACAGAAUUUAAUGAUCAUUCAAUAUAAGUAAGUAGUACUGCAAAACUGUUUAUCAUUUUUCGUUAUUUGUUUGUUUGUUUUCAUGUCAAUAUGAUUCGCAUAUGGAAAUCAAACCUGUUUAUUGAAAUAUUCUAUUUCCAAUGUUUACUACCUCUUGAUAGAGCAAUUGACUAAUUUAAUUUGUCUUUACAGAUGACUUUAUUGUUUUCACUUUUAAAAGAUUAUGAUACAUAAAUUUGUACUGAAGUGUUGAAGAGUAAGUACACUGGUCUAUAAACAAUUCUUCAUGGAUGUGUUUGUUUUUUCUUUUCGCCAAAAAAAUGACAUUAAAGCGGGUGAAGAACGACAACAAGUAAAAGAAGAAGAAGAAGAGUACAUAUUUUUAUGUUAUCGUUUAUUUGUACUUUUUUGUUUACUUUGUGUACAACCAGUAUUUUAAUUGAUGAUGUCUUUCAAUGAUAGUCAAUUGUCUUUUUGUUUUCUUUUCUUUUCUUUGUUUCUAAGAGAUGAUCUCUUCAUUAAGUUAUUUAUAUUAUCAUUCUCUUAUAUUAUGAUAUAAUAUACAAAAUAUAAUAGAUCUUAAUAUGCAAUACAUAUAUAUAUUGAUUUAUUUUAAUAAAAAUGUUUAUCAUGUGCCUUCAAUGAAACUAUUAUUUAUUUCUAGAUAAUUUGAUUAUUAUGUGUGAACGGUUCCGUUUCUGUGUGCUGCUUAUGGUAGAUUGUUUUGCGUGUGUGUGUGUGUGUGUCUGUGCAUUGUGAAAACUCAUAAAUCCUAUGUAUUAUCCCCUUUAUUGAAAUACGCUUUUAUUUAUAUUAAUAAUACUACUGCUAAUAAUCAUGAUAAUACAGUGCAUAUGUAUAUUGUGUAAUAAAUUUUGUUGAUCUGA